CAGCCUUCGCAACGCUGCACCGAACUGCUGCGCCUCGGCGCGCUCGCAGCGAACAAGGGGCAGCCCCGGUCUGCCGCGAGGCGUCACGCGACCGCCACCACUCGCUUCCCAGGCGGCGACAUCGGCGGACGAUCUCGCGCGCAUCGGUGGAGUCAGCUGACACGGCUGAUCACGUGCGCUGCCGUCCCUUCCUGCCGGGCGGCUCGGCCUGCUCGGCGCCAGGAGCUGCGGCCCUGCGGCUACAAAAAGACUGGUAGGAACACGGCUAAACCUGUUUCUGUCCACCGACGCGAUGACGACGUUCAAGCUUCUGUGCCUCUGCUUGCUCAUUGCUGCAACACCAGGCAACGCUUGGGAGUUGCUAGUGUCGACGCUGGACAUGCUCAUCCCUCUCGGGAGUGAGUCAGGAUUCUUCGUCCGGCUUGAUCGUGCCCCGAACGAGAGCGUCCAGGUGCACGCUGCAGUGAAGGAGGGCUGCAGCGCGGUCAGCCUACCAGGGCCAGCCUGGAUACCCUUGCAGGGGAUCGAACCGGCCUGGAUCAACGUCUCGGCCGUCGGAGCCGGCCACGCCGCGGUCGAGCUCAACACGUCGCUGCCUUUCGUCAGCUUGGCCAACGCCUUCGUCCACGUGGAAGUCUUCAAGCUGGGCUGGCUGGUGACCUUGAGUGACGUUGUUGGCUGGAUCUACUUCUUGGCGUGGUCCGUCUCCUUCUACCCUCAGAUAUACCUCAACUGGAAGCGAAAGUGCGUUGAAGGACUGAGCUUCGACUUCGUUGGGCUCAACCUGACUGGAUUCCUGGCGUACUCGUUCUUCAACUUGGGCAUGUACUUCAGCCCCGUCGUUCAGGAGGAGUACCAUGAGCUGCACCCGACCGGCGUCAUCCCCGUGGAGCUGAACGACAUCGUGUUUGGCCUGCACGCCGCGUUUGCCACCUUCGUCACUGUCGUACAGUGCUGCAUCUACGAGCGCCGUGGUCAACGGGUCUCGUUACUGGCGCGGCUGCUUUUGGCCGCGGUGUGGACGGGCGCCGCCGUCUUCGGAGUGGUGACACUCUCCGCGGGCAGUCACUGGAGGACUCCGUGGCUCCUCUACCUGUACUACUUCUCCUAUUGCAAGCUCAUCAUCACGCUCACCAAGUACAUGCCCCAGGCCUACCUCAACUACAAGAGGAAGUCCACAGCAGGCUGGAGCAUAGGCAACAUCCUGCUUGACUUCACUGGAGGAAGCUUGAGCCUGGUGCAAAUGUUAAUAAUCGCCUACAACUACGACGACUGGACGUCGCUGUUCGGCAACGUGGUCAAAGUGGGACUGAGCUUCAUCAGCAUGGCGUUCGACGUGCUCUUCCUCGUCCAGCACUACGCCCUCUACCGGAACGGCCGGGUCGAGAUUACAGAUCAAGGAGAGAGCUAGCGCCGCCGCAGUGUAUCCACGUGGUUGCUUAUUUAUCACGGCGUUGCCGUGCUACCGAUACCUUCAGCCACGAAGUGCGCGCAGGCACCGCAGCGCGUCUGGAUAGCGCACGCUCAUCAUUUUGACCAUAAGGGAGGACUCCGCGGAGGCGUACUAGUCCUAGCGAAUUAGGUAUAGCGGUAUACCGAUACAGUCUGGUUCCGUUAAAGUCCAACCGUACACGUUUUCGUCGGCUAGUAUAGCAGCGCCAACCUAUAUGUAUCCUCCUCCACAACGCUUAUCGCUCGCUCGCUGAUUCAAAUUUUCGGUGUCAAUGGAAAGUUGCUUAUACGACGGCUCAGCUGCUGGGCCGUGUUCGGAAGCUUAUAUUACGCAAGUACCAUCCGUGAUUGGUUAUGGAUCGCCGCAUCGAUCAUAUUUUUAUUAUUCCUAUCGCUGUCAUGAGAGGCAGAUGCCCCAAAACCGGCUAAUGAGGAACGCGAAAGCAGCCGUAGAGAUCGCUCGCCCGAAUGGCACCACUAAACCCGUUAUGCGCAGAAUAACCGGGGACAGAGUGUAGAGGGUAUCUAUAGCCAAAAGUCGUUGCUUUGAUCUAUGGGUGUACGGAAUCCUUAAAAUCAAUUUAUAGUAAAUUACAGCGUUUACGCAGAAGAUAGAGAGUUCUCAAGGAAAAAUGAGACGAAGAGAUCUGGAACCAACGUUACGACAUCAGGACUUGUAUUCCUCAAGGCUUACACGGGGUCGAUUCUUUUCAUAAUGUUCACAAGGGCCUCCGCCCUAAGAAAUUGAUGCAUUUGUGCGUUACUGUCGAAAUAGUUUCAGUGUACUUUUCAGGUUGUCAGCCGUAAGCGCUAUGUGGAGGUUUUAGCUACAGAAUAAUAUAUUUGUGCGAACAUUGACGCGGUCGAGCCACAACAAGCGUUAGCGUAAAGCGGAACCGGUACGAGCGACGAAGCAUGGAACGAAUGGCGGCUGGCACUCAUCAAAGUCUGGUGCUACUUCGCCACAGCGGGAUUAGCGUGCGUUUUUAUGGCUCGGUGCCGCUCGCAUUACGGACGCGCCGCCAUGCCAACCUGUUCCCUCUAGUCAGCGCUUGGUCACAGGCCGCUGCGCCCGUACCGCUCGUGCAGACCUGGGACCAAAGUUUCAGUGUGCCAAAUUCUUCCAGCGUUAAAAAACCGCCCAUUCGGUUAUUCUGUUACAGCUGUUAUAAGCUGUUAGUUGUUAUAAACAGUUCACAAAUGUUCUGUGAUCACAUCCGUCCUUCCCCUUAGUGUGCGCAUGGCACAAGUUAGCAUGUGCCGUAUAUUCAUGUACAUAGUGUACGGAGGCUCUCCGCCGAAACCUUUCUUUUUUUAAAUAUAUCCAAGCAUUGUUUCAAAUCUUGGGAGCGCUGUAAUGUAUCGGUCACGUUCCCGAUGUUUUGAACAGGUAUACUGCCAUGUGAUGCAUGUCUAUCACUUUGUGCGUGUCAUUACUGUGAUUCGAGCUGAAAUGAUGCAUGUCUCAACAGAGCGGUGACUCUGCAACGAGGGAAAAGAGAAAAUGAAUCAUGUAUGCCUGCCAGCGGCAAUGUUCAGCAGUUCAUUUGAACUUCGCGAAUUGCUUUGGCUUAAGCUUAAAUAGAGGGCCCGCCGACUAAAGUUUAUUAUUAGCUGGCCUCAGUCAAGGUUCACAUGAAAGUGGCUGCGUGCUUGUGAAUAAUAUGACUAUGUAUGCA